UCGAAUUCAUGUCCAGGGGUAGCUGCUACUGGAAUGCGCUGACAAACGGGCUGUUCUAAUGGGGACAAGGCCUGAAUUCCAGGGCUCCGCAGGGACCAGCAGCACCAGGACUAGGCCUAAUCUCAAACCUCGGCUAACCCAAACCUACCUAGCCCAACCAUGAAAAUGGCCUCCUCCGAGUCCUCCCUCCGGACCCAGCUAGACCGCGACGGCUUCGUCGUGCUUCGGCAGGUGCUGGACGGGCCGACGCUGCAGGCACUCCGGGAGGCGGCGGCCAACGCCACGGCGCUCGCGCGGGCGGGCGGGUGGAAGCACAUCCGCACCGUCGGCAAGCAGUUCCCGCCCUGGCCCGAGACGCCCGACGCCGACGCCGGCGGCAUCUGGGGCGUCCAGCACCUGCUGCACCCGGACAUGCCGGGCCGCGACGUCUUUGCGCGCGCCUACUUUUCCGACGCCGUCCUGGGGCCCACGCGCGAGCUCAUGCGCCAUGAUGUCGAUGCCACCCCCGUGACCGACGACGACCUCGUCAUGGAGCUCUUCAACAUGCUCGUCACCCCCGGCCGCGCCUUCGAGCUCCGCUGGCACCGCGACGACAUCCCCGCCGACGCCACCGCCGAGCAGGAGCUGGCGCGCCUGUCGGCCUCGGCCCACCACCACGUGCAGUACAACCUGGCCCUGCUCGACGACGACGACGACAGCCUCGUCGUCGUCCCCGGGUCGCACGUCCGCGCCAGAACCCCCGCCGAGCGCGCCGCGGGCCCCUACGAGGUCGGCCUGGAGGGCGAGACGCGCGUGCGGCUGGGCGCGGGCGACGUGGUGUUUUACGACAACAACGUGCUGCACCGCGGCGUCUACGACCCGGCCCGCGAGCGCGCCACGCUGCACGGGUCGGUGGGGCGCGCGGGCGCGGGGCUCGCCGCCAGGGCGCGCAACGUGCUGCAGCACGGCGUCGGGGAAUGGGUCGGCCGCUGCGGGUUCGAGGGGUUGGGGGCCGAGGGGGCGCCCGAGAGGCGGAGGGCCGAGGCCAUGCGGGACGGGCUGGUGCGGCUGGGGAGGGACUGCGGCGGCGACGUCGGGUUCUCGCUCGAGGGCUGAGCUGGGCGGGUAGGGUAGGGUAGGGUGGUGGUGGGUGGUGGUGGGUGGUGGUGCAGGGAGAGAGGGGUGGUGGUGCAGGGAGAGAGGG